ACCACAGGUAACGCAUGGACUCGGUUCUAUAAGACUCGGGCCUACUCCCAAUGAUUCUCUUUUUCUUUUUCCCUUUCCACGCUCAGCCCUUUUAAGUUUCAUAAGGCUCGGUCAGCAGGUAGUCCUCGUCCUGUUGUCUUCUCUCAAGGUGGCUUUUGGUAGCUAAACCACUGCACAUCAGUAAAUCAUGGUGAACUCCAAAUGGGCUGCCGCCAUUCUAGGCGGUGCCUCGCAGGUUUUGGCUCAGUCCUACCAAAGCACGCCCUCCUACGUGUCUCAUCCUGAUAGAGCCGACGCCGUGAAGGCGACCUUCCAACGUGCUUGGGAUGGAUAUUAUCAAUACGCGUUUCCCAACGACACCCUGCUGCCUAUCGCAAAGUCUUAUCAGAACGAUAGGAACGGAUGGGGAGCCAGCGCAGUUGAUGCCAUCUCUACUGCUCUAGUUAUGGAGAACCAGGAUGUUAUCAACCAGAUCGUUGAUCAUAUCGGGUCCAUCAACUUCAACGCCACCGCACCGGAAUCCACGAGUGUUUCUCUAUUCGAGACAACAAUCCGUUACCUCGGAGGUCUUCUCUCAGCAUAUGAUUUCUUGACUGGGCCCCUGAAGAGUUACGCAAAGGACCAGGCUUCCGUAGACAAGAUUCUCCAGCAAGCAAUCAACCUUGCUGAUAUCCUCAGCGUGACAUUCGAUACUCCUAGCGGAAUUCCCAUCAACACGCUCAACUACCGCUCAGGCGGAUAUCAAGUCGGAGGCGACACUACAAACGGCAUCGCCACUAUUGGUACCUUAGUGCUCGAAUGGACUCACUUGAGUGACAUCACCGGAGACGACAAGUACGCGCAGUUGACCCAAAAAGCCGAAGAAUACCUCCUCAACGUGAGAAACCCCGACGUUGGAGAGCCGUACCCGGGAUUACUCGGAACCAGUGUGAAUGUUGCGGACGGCACCUUCGCAGAUUCUAGCGGUGGCUGGAACGGUGGAACCGACUCGUUCUACGAGUAUCUGAUCAAGAUGUACGUUUACGACCAGGACCGUUUCGGCCUCUACAAGGACCGCUGGAUCGCCGCUGUCGACUCCAGCAUCAAGUACCUCGCAUCCCACCCCACCACGCGCCCCGACUUAACAUUCCUCGCCGCCUACAACGGCGUCAACAACCUCGAAUUCGUAUCCACCCACCUCGCCUGCUUCGACGGCGGCAACUUCAUCCUCGGCGGCCUCACGCUCGACAACAGCGAGUACCUGCAAUUUGGACUCGACCUCGUCGCCGCAUGCCACGCAACCUACACCGCGACCGUAACCGGGAUCGGGCCCGAGGUCUUCUUCUGGCAAGACGGCAAGCUGCCCACGAACGCCAGCAACAACGGGGGUCCGCCCUCGGACUCGACGGACUUCUACACCAAAGCCGGGUUCUGGAUCCCGUCGGGCGACGGCUCGUACGUGCUGCGCCCGGAGGUCAUGGAGAGCUUCUACUACGCGUACCGCGCGACCGGCGACUCCAAGUACCAGGACUGGGCGUGGGAGGCCUUCCUCAACAUCAACGCCACCUGCGCCGCUGGCGUCGGGUACAGCUCCAUCACGAAUGUCAAUGCGCCUGGAGGUGGCAGCUUCGAUGACUUCCAGGAGAGCUUCUGGUUCGCGGAGGUGCUGAAGUAUAGUUAUCUCAUCCAGGCUGAUGAUGCGGUUUGGCAGGUCAAUGCGGGGCAUGAUAAUACGUGGGUUUUUAACACCGAGGCUCAUCCGUUCUUGGUUAAGGGGAAGCCGAUUUAGUUUGGUUGUUGGGGUCUGGCGACGAGAUCAUCUUGCAUAGAGUCGGCGUUUGUGUCUUGGGCGGGUCUUGGUUAUUCUAUGUUCAUUGUAUAUACUUCGGGGCUUGAAUAUCCUCAUAUUUACGGGCCUUUUUGGCUACGGUUUUUA